GGUGGUGUUCGGAGGGGCAAAGGUCCUUCCAGGGCAAUCGGGAAUCUUUUUAUUUCCUUCCCCAUUUGACGGUUGAAAGCAUUCCUCCAGGUUUGUACUUAUUUGGCUUUAAAUGGCCACUGUUGAGCCAAUAAAUACCUGUCUUUCAUCAGAAGUGCAUUAUAUGGUCUGCACACUUGGACUGGACAAAACAGAUAGGACAGACCUUGAAACUAUUGUGAAUGUAUCUGGGCAGAUUUGUUGGGAGAACAUUACAUCUUACGUGCAAACCUUGGAGAACGAAGAACAAAGUCUAGACUUUGUACAAAGUGUGAGGCUACUAGGACCAGUUUGUAAAACUGUCCAUUUGUAUCUCCUUUCACUCACUCGGAAGCAAUUUGAGGAUCAGUAUGGACUUUGGCUUGGAUGGACUAACAACAAAGAGUUGCUUAUUGAAGUGUUUGAGGCCCCCAGAAGUUCACAACAAACAGCCGUUGCUCUCGGCUUGAUGAAAUUAACAGCUUGUCUUGAGCGAGCUUUGGGUGAUGUGUACCUCAUGAUUGGCAGUGAGUGCCCAUUUCUGCUUAGAGAACUGAUGGCCUCACAAGAGCUGGUGAUGGUGUUUGGGCAGGGUGUGAUGAAUAUCCUGCGAGUGUUCUUGGGUUCACCACGAAGCCUGAAUCUCCGCAACAUCCUGUGGCAUGGAUUUGCUGCUCCUCAGGAAAUCCCUCCGAUGUACCUCUCAAUGCUGCUGUUACUGACAGCUGGAUUAGGGCAGCUUCUGGAGCAACACCUGCUGCAAAGAACGUCCAAACUAGAACAUCGACCUUAUUUCCAAUUUACACAGCUGGAGGAUCUUGCUGUAUUUCCAGACUUUAAUGAGGAGGCUCUUAAGACAGCAGAGAACCUGAUUGAGAAAUCUAAUUUUAUAAUGGAAAUCAUGCUACCUUACUGGAGGGAAGGAUUUACUGCUUACACACAGCAACGAUAUGAUGACUGUGUAAUACUUUUGCUACCUCAGAUGGAGAUGGGACUUAGAAGAAUUUUUACGACUAGUAACAACUGUUCAAAUAGACUGUUGACUGCAGAGUCCACAACUCUGUUCACCACGUUUGAUGAAAUGCUGGUACAACACCUGGAUAAUCAAGAUGUGAACCAGCUUCCUCUUAUUCUGGGAGAGCCUCUAAUGGAGAUUCUUUGGGACCUUUUAAACCAUCAAGCAGGGCCUCGAAUCCGGGAUCAUCUCAGUCAUGGGGAACUGGAUUUUAAUGUGUUUCCUAGAGAAAUAGCCGAUCACUUGAUAACACUGUCUAUAGUUUUACUAUAUCGCUUUUCAAGAGAUGAAGAUAUCCUUGUGAUGGAAAGCCAGUGGCUGACAAAGAUCAUCAGUUCCACAUCUUCAUAUCGUUCCCGGUUUCAUCCAAUUGGAAGACUUAAACAGCAGCUUCGAGACUGUGUGAAAAGCCUACAAAAGUGGGAUGGGAUACCCCGACCAAGGGUGGAGUCAGCACAUGACAAAUCAGGUUUUUAUCCAGAUUCCACUGAAAGAAUUCUUCAUGGUUCAUUGACCGAGGAAAUUAUUUAUAAUUUAAUGAACCAGUUGCUGCCACAUUACAAGGAAGCGAUUCUUCCUGUACACUGUUUGUUAACACACUUGCAGCCUGAGCUGAUGACCAAACUGUUGGAUGUCCAGAUGUACAGCUUGUACUGUCCACGUAUUGUUCUGGAAGUCGUGGCGUUACUGAGGAAGGUGACCUCCCAGUGCCUGAGCAUUUCAGAGCAGGUCAUGAGCAACACAGCUACUCGGUACCAACAGUGGAUUGACAAAUCUCUGCGCUCCCGACAAAGGCACAAUUACCUUCGAAUGUUAAACAGCAUUGAUUUUCUGCACUCCGUUCUCAAUCUCUUUACGCUCCUCUUAACUGUGGAACUGCUCAACGUACAGCGUGUCAGUGAGAAGACUUCUUCUGAGUGUCACCACUACUUGAAGUUCUUGAAAUCAAUGCUGCAGUACACCGAAAACAUGGUGACGUGCACAAGCCCGGACAAAAACAAAUGGGACGAAAGUUGGGACCUGACCAAGAAAAUACUAUUGAAAGUUAAAAACUUUUACAGCAAGUCAUAAACAUAGUCAGCGAACAAAUGCAUUGAAAAUUAUUUUAACAACUAUUUACUGAAAGUACCACAAGAACGUUAUGCUACCUUUAAGCCUAUGAAAAGGAUCUUGUCCACGACAUGAUCCUGAUACAAACUAAUGGUGUGUUGCAGACCAUGGAGUACCAGUUCGCAUUCAUACUUGCACUUUGAAGGCAAAAACAUAAGUAAUAUUUGAGAAAUGCUGUCUGUAUAAAGGGGAAAUAAUGUAAAUUAAAAUUAUAUGACCUUUUAUAAAUCAAUGGGUUGAUCUCUACUAUUGGUC